AUGUCGCGGGUCGUGGAGGACGCGCAGCUCGAGUCGUUUUUUCAGCGAUGCAUCGAGACCAUGUCCUCCGAGCCGACGCGGAGAGAGCUGGCAAACGCCGACUCGGGGAGGCCUGGCAAGCAUCUGGCAGAGCUCCAGGCGAAGAUUUGGGAGGAGCUCGGGGUCCCGCUGGCGGAUGGCCGUGCUGCAGUGGCGCGGAUCCCGGCCCCUGGGCAGGCGGCCAGUGCCGAGGCGGCAUCUUUGCCGGAGUUGAAGCAGGCUUACGCCACCGCCAUGGAUGCUGCAUACCUGCAGUGUCUUGAAGACAGGCGGCCAGAUGUCCUUCUGAAGGAAGGAAAAAUGUCACGGAACACCGUGCUGGAGUUCUUGGAGGCUUGCAACGUGAAGAUGGACACUGCAGAGGUACGAGGCAAGCUCCGACAGAAGAUCGAAGAAACCGGGGCUCUACCAGAAACGGUGGCGAACGAGGUUCAUGACGAGAUCAUGGAGCUUCUGGGCUUCGAGCGGGCGUACGGGCACACGUGCUUUGCCGAGUUUGGCACUUCGCAGGAGUUUGCCCACGACAAGGAUGUGGCCACGGCCUAUGCAAGAUGGCGUGGUCAUUCUAGUGAGAUCAUGUUCAGGCUGCUUUACGAUCACUGGCAGGCUGGUGGCGUCCUUCACGUUGACGCAACCGUGAAGCACCAGAUGAUGAAGCACGGGGCGAAGGUGCAGUUGAACCACAUGUCCACUGAUGAGCGCCGGAAGCUGCUGGAGACAAGCAUCGACAAGGUCAAUGUCUUCCACAAGCUUCCACACGACGGCCGACAGCGCUACUUAGAGCGGCUCGAUGACCAGGAGAUGCUGGAGUUCACGAAAGCUGAGAUACUGGUCGCCACCUUGGUGCAAAGUCGCCAGCACUUGCAGAGGACGGAGUGA